AUGAGAGUUCGAUCAGAUGGAUCUGCAGUUCCACGCAACAAGAACGGCGCGGACAGUCUCAGCCCAACCAGAGCUGCCGACCAGCCCCCCAGGGUUAUGCCUCGGCCCUGCAGCCCACACAAAAUGGCCGUUAGCAGGGCGCAGGCAGACAGCCCGGAGAAGAGGCGUCUCACUACGUUCGGCAGCGCCGGCUGCAUCAACCACCCAGACAGAAAAGCGUUUGUCGACAGCCACUCCCAGCGAUCGUCGCCAAGCACAACUCGACACGCAAGUUUAGGAGACCACAAAGCUCUUGAGGCUGAGGCGCUUGCUGAGGACAUAGAGAAAACUAUGAAUACAGCGCUGCAUGAGUUACGUGAGCUAGAGAGGCAGAACGUGGCCAAGCACGCCCCUGAUGUGGUCCUCGACACUCUGGAGCCCCUCAAGCAGCCCGGUGGAGCCCAGGACGUGUCUGCCAGCCCCCUGCACACCAUGGUCAUCAGAGAUCCAGAUGCAGCCCAGCGGCGUAGCAGCAGCAGCUCUUCCUCCGAGACCAUGACCACUUUUAAGCCUGCUCUGUCAGCACGUAGACCGAGUGCUCCUUUAAGGCCCCCGCCUGUCAGACCCGUCAGGCCGGCUCCUGUGAUCGGACCGGGCCAGGUGCCGCACCGCUCCAGUAGCUCUAGCUCUUCUGGUCUGGGCAGCCCAGGCAUUACCCCCACCGAAAGGAUCUUCCCUAAAGCACCCUCCCCAUCACCAUCCACCUCCUCGUCCUCCUCAGACAAACAAGGCAACAUGUAGCUUCAGUCUGUGUGAAGAAGCUAAAGAAGACUGUGGAAAUGGACUGAUACUAUCAUCACACCCCCACGUCUCUAACUGACUGCAAAACAAACAUCUGAUCUGUCUGAAUAUUUACCACUAACCUUGUGUAGACUACGACAGCUGCUUCUGGUGUUCACACUCACACUCGUAGCUCAAAUCCACCGGGA